UUAUAUGCGCGCCCCCGUCCACCUGCUCUCGACCUGAGCUCAAGCGGAACCCUCGCUCUCUCCUCCUCCUUCCUUCUCCCGAGCAAGAACGUGGCUGCACAUCCACGCAGAGCACUGCCUCAUGGCCUGCGCCUUCUUCUUCGACGCGGAGCCGCUGGGCGAGCCCGGGGUGCGCAUGCACGGGCCGGAGCUGGAGCUGCACGCCUGCGCGCUCUGCACCAAGCCGCUGCAGAGCAACAGCGACAUCUUCAUGUACAAGGGGGACACCCCCUUCUGCAGCGAGGACUGCCGCUACGAGCAGAUGCACUUCGACGCCGCCAUGGCCAGGCAGCAGGCCAGCGCCAGGCGGAAGCAGCAGCAGCAGCAGCAGGCACAGGCGCCGCUCGGCGUGCCCGGAGCGCCGGCGCCCGUGUCCGCCAAGGCCGACGUGUCCGUGGCGAGCUAAUCGGGCCGCGCCGCGCCGCGUCGGGGUUAGCUAGUAGGAACUAUGUUACCCUUUUUGCCUUGGGUUGAAGGAGGAGGAGGAGGAUGCGGGGAUUCUUGGAUCGACGGCCAGUGUUUUUGCCCUGGCAUCCGGUGCAGGUCGAGCUGUUGUUGAUCUGCACAUGGCGGGCAAUCGGACAAGGAUCACCGAGGGAUUUUGAUUGGCCCCCUUUUGGGGCUUGGGUUUGGGUGCGAGGGGUGAGAGCGGGGUGUGCAAGAGCGCCGUCGCUGUGUAAUUAUUCAAGGCAAUCGAUGUAAAGUAUUUCUCCAAAUUUUGAGCGAAAUCUUAUCAUGUUUAUUAUU